AAUUCCCCGCACUCAUUUUUCUGUUGGUGCGCAUCCUGCGCAUAGAGAUUCAACCUAUAUACAUAAUUGGUAAACAAUUUUAAUUGUCUCCUAAAAUUCUUCAGUAAAAUAUAAGAAAACUAGAACUGACAUUUUCGUAUGAUUCUCAUCGAGUGGAAGAAAAGCGGACAUCUUAAAUUGUGUUGUAUCAGAUUUGCUUUAUUUUCAAGAAAUCAUGGAAUUGCUUAGGCAUCCAAUGAGGUGCAACAGAUUUGUGAUGAUAAUGACACUGUUGGGUGUAUUAUCAAUAAACUUACUACAAUCACAGUAUGUAGUUGGGAUUAGAUUUGUGGUUGAAAAGGAAGAAUGUUUAUCUCAUUCUAUGCCAUUCGAAGGCGACACGGUUCAAGUUUCUUAUGUUGUGAUUAAAGCUGAUGUACCAUGGAAUUCCGGUUUAGAAGACGGUGUCGAUCUUAUUGCAAAGGAUCCAAGAGGAGACUUGGUUCACUAUUCUCAUGACAAGACCAGCGAAAAAUUUGAGUUCGUGGUUCGCAGGGAAGGUCUGCACCAAUUUUGUUUUAAGAACAAGGGUCCUCAUUACGAAACCGUCGAUUUUGAUAUUCAUAUUCGCCAUUUUGCAUAUCAUGGCCAGCAUGCUAAGGAUGAGCACCUUAACCCAUUGAUGACACAACUCUCAAAGUUGCAACAAGCUCUCUUUGACGUCCAGUUCGAACAGCACUGGCUAGAAGCUCAGACUGAUCGCCAAGCUAUAUUGAAUCAGGGAAUGAGUAAGAGGGCAAUCCACAAAGCAAUGUUAGAAUCACUCGUACUCAUUGGAGCAAGCAUUCUCCAAAUCUAUCUCCUUCGGCGCCUCUUCGAGCGGAAACUAGGAAUCUGCAGAGUUUAAUCAACUAGGAGCAUAUGCCCCUGAUUCUCAACAUCAAUCAGUUUUGCAACUAUUUGAUGUCAUUCCACCACCUCAAUGGUUAAUUUUCCAACAGGAACAAUCAAAACCUGUACAGAGUCACUUCAUUAAAUGUUAGCACAUUUCCCUGAGAAUUUUUUUUUCACAGAGCAUUGUGUAAACAGAGACUCUUUACUUCUAAGAACAAGUUUCAAGACGUCUGAUAUCCCCAAACAUGUACGUAAUAUGGGAAACCAUUAUUCACUCAAAUAAACCAAAUUUAUAACUUC